AUGGGAUUAUUGUAUCGUCGUUGCAACUCAAAUAGGACGUAUUCCAAUGAUUCAAUUAUUAAAUCAUGUUUCACAGUUUCAGGACCACUUGAUAAUCAAAACCUAGGUUUAUCACCAUUCUAUGAAAUCGGUACAUUAAUUAUUGUAUCAACAACAACAACAACAGCAACAACCACAGCAACAACUACAGCACAACUACAGCAACAACUACAACAUAACAACUACAGCAACAUCAACACAACCAGAUAA